GAGAGCUCCACCUCCUGGAGGAUUAAAGCCUAACAGUACUGAGCUAUUUGCCUGUCAAAAUGUCUACAAAAUUGGGAAAGUCAUCAUCACUCCUAACACAAACUUCAGAAGAAUGUGAUGGGAUUCUGACAGUGAAGAUGGAAGAGGAAAAGCAGACCUGUGAUCUGGACUCUAUCCUCCACUGGAGCAGCAGCUACAGCCCAGAGACCUUCUGCCAGUAGUUCAGGCAGUUUAGCUACCAGGAUUUACUUGGGCUCCGGGAGGCUCUUAGGCGGCUCUGGGAACUUUGUCAUCUCUGGCUGAGGCCAGAGAUGCACACCAAAGAGCAGAUCCUGGAGCUGCUGGUGCUAGAGCAGUUUCUGGCCAUCCUUCCAAAAGAACUGCAGGCCUGAGUGCAGAACCAUCAUCCAGAGAAUGGAGAGGAAGCUGUGACUAUGCUGGAGGAUGUGGAAAGAGAGCUUGAUGGACCAGAGCAGAUAAGAAGGAUGCCUGUCUUUUAUGGACAAAGGAAGGACAUGAUUGCAGAGAAGCUAGCACCUUCAGAAAUCACUGAGGAAUUGCCAAGUAGCCAGCUCAUGCCUGUGAAGAAGUAGCUCCAGGGAGCAUCAUGGAAGCUUCAGUCCUUAAGACCACAUGGUGAGGGGGCAGAAUUCAGUUCAUGGUGGAAGGUGUGGGGGCCUUCUGCUCACCACACACAUCUCUGAUGAUUUAUGCAAGAAGCCUCAAAU